UUAAUGUUCGUCUAUAUCUUUACGUUAACGUUUUCUUAAUUUAGACGCAUCUCAAAAUACUAAAUUGUGAAGGAAAAAGACUUAGACAGAAGAACUGAGGGCUGGUUUAUCUAAGCAUAAUAUAAAUGCUGCAUAAGCCACUCAAUACAUAUCAUGUCGUCCAGCAUUGCUCGAGAUCUCCAGGCACCAGCACUUAUUCUGGUGUUUCUACUUCUCAUACAACUCGUAUCACAUACACAUGCAGAUAAGAGUUUUGAAGAUGUGCGAUGCAAGUGCAUCUGUCCACCCUACCGAAACAUAAAUGGACAUAUCUACAAUAGGAACGUGUCCCAGAAAGACUGUAACUGUCUGCAUGUGGUGGAGCCUAUGCCAGUGCCUGGUCAUGAUGUUGAGGCCUACUGCCUUCUUUGUGAGUGCAAGUAUGAAGAACGAAGCAGCAAUACUAUCAAGGUGACUAUUAUCAUCUACUUGUCAGUGGUAGGAGCUCUUCUGCUCUAUAUGCUUUUCCUGCUUCUAGUUGAUCCUCUGAUCCGCAAACGUGAUCCCUACAUCAUGCCAUUGCAGAACGAGGAGGAUUCAGAGGAUGUGAGGCCUCGUGUGGAUGGUGAACAGGGCCGUGGAAAUACGGUGCUCGAGAGGGUAGAGGGAGCACAGCAGCGCUGGAAGAAACAGGUCCAGGAGCAACGCAAGACUGUGUUUGACCGCCAUAAGCUGCUCAGCUAAACCAUC